AUGCUGAACAUGGACUCUUCUUUCAACUUUGGGGAUCAAAUCACUGGUCGAGGCCCAAAUCCCGGGCAAGGUUCUCAAGACCUUGGCAAUGGCCUCCGAUCCCCUUCGGCAGGCGGUCAGCUUCAAGGUUUCAACAACCAUGUUUCACUUAGGAACUCAACUGGUAUUUUUGACUCCCCAACAGAUCGACGGGACAGCCAUGAGAUGUCUCGCGGUUUUCAAUUUCAGCGCACUCCUCGCCACGAGGACCGUUUGCCCUUGGAUCCUGCUCGUCGCGAGCGGGACGAGCGAUCGGUUUCCCCAGCAGGGCAAACCAGCACUCCAACUGGUCCCCAGAGGCCACCUCGCGGUUUAGCCUCGCAAACCAAUUCACGAGGCGCUCGUGGAACUGAGCCACCCAUCGGUGGUCACCCGGAUGAUAACCCCAGCGAAGUUUACGGCGAGAACAAUCGCCAUCUGGCCUACGCAACUGCACACUUCAAGCUGCUCAUGGAGGUGGUCCGUGCCAAUGGCAAGAUUGACGCGCUGAGCGACCAAGUGGCAGUCCUCUCCCGAGCGCUUUUAGAACGCGCUCAAACCCCUGGAAUCGUUACCGGCACUCCUUCCGCAGUUACCCCAGGAACGCAACCCAAGCUACCCGCGCGCCAAAAGUGGGUUGCCAGUGACAAACUUCUGGGGUUGAUCAACCCCUUAGCCCUCAAACUACUUUUUUCACCCCUGCUCGACGCGUAUACCGCGAUUGAGAACGGCCCGGAAGGUUAUCUUCCCAAUUCUUUGUUUAGUACCAUCAAGAAAACUGUUGCGAAGGAAGGUGUGGCAUUCGCAGCGGAACACCUUCCUAUCCAACUUUUGGCAGGGAUACAUGAUUCUAAAAUGAAAGAGCUAGUGGACAUUCCGGUUCCCAACAUCAAGGGAAUGGUUCAACGGGUUGCUGUCAGAUGCGGAGUGGCCGUGGAGGAAACCAACGUGGAAAAGGUGUGGGCAGCCACCGAUAAACCCACGCGAGCGCGAAUCGCUUAUCUUCGUCGUGAAGCGGCAAGACUGGUUCUAAAAGGUGGCCAAGGGCGCGAAUCUAUUUGGGCUGUUGUUGAUAAGAAGCUGGCCGAGUUGCGAAUGAAGAGAAAUGAGGACUAUACUACCGCUCACCUUGGACUUGCCAACCGACGAGGCCAUCAAGGCGCGAAUGCCUGGAGGGGGGGAACAUAUGAGUACAUCUGCAUCAAACCAAACCCCGAACUCGAGUAUAGCUUAAGUCGACCAUCUAUUCAAUAUGUCGUAUCAGAUAUAAAUUCUAAUUACAAAAUGGAGUCAAGUAUUACAUUAUGUUUUCCUGGUCCCUCUCUCUCAUCAGACUUGUAUUAUAGAUAG